UUUACAGGCUGCUCCUUCGGCUCGGCGGCCAUCUGGCAGUAUGAGUCGCUGAAGUCUCAAAUCCAGAGCUACUUCAGUGAGGCUCGAGCUGAUUGGCUGGAGAAGAUCCGGCCUCAGAAACGAGGAGACUUCCGAAAAGAGAUCAACCAAUGGUGGCACAGCUUGACUGAGGGUCAGAGGACCGUCACAGGAAUCAUUGCUGCUAACGUCAUAGUGUUCUGCUGUUGGAGGGUCCGGUCCCUGCAGCCCUUCAUGGUCCGCUACUUCAUCUCCAACCCGGCCUCCAAGACUCUGUGCUCUCCGAUGCUCCUCUCCACCUUCAGCCACAUCUCCUUCUACCACAUGGCCGUCAACAUGUACAUCCUGUGGAGCUUCUCUACCAGCGCCGUGUCCAUGUUGGGCCGCGAGCAGUUCACAGCCGUCUACCUAUCUGCAGGGGUCUUCUCCUCCUUCGUCAGUUAUGUGUGUAAGAUGAGCACUGGGAGGUUCGGCCAGUCCGUUGGAGCGUCUGGAGCCAUUAUGGCCAUCCUGGCUGCUGUCUGCACCAAGAUUCCUGAAGCCAAACUGGCCAUCAUCUUCCUGCCCAUGUUCACCUUCACUGCUGCUAACGCUCUGAAGGCCAUCAUUGCCAUGGACACUGCUGGUCUGGUCCUAGGAUGGAGGUUUUUCGAUCAUGCCGCUCAUUUAGGAGGAGCUGUGUUUGGGAUAUGGUACAUCCUGCUGGGUCACGAGUGGAUCUGGAAGAACCGAGAACCCUUUGUCAAAGUUUGGCACGACCUGAGGACCCGACGAGGUGGGGGCCCAGGAGGCUCAGCGUAGGACCAGGUGCAGGACCACGAGCAGGACCAGGAGGACCGUGGAACCACAGGUGUAAAGUUGUAUAAAAUGUACAGAGGCAGAGUAGAUCCUCUGUUGGUUCACUUCCUGUAGAAGCAGAACCAGAACAGGUAAAGACCACAGAGACCAGAGGUUCAGGACUCUGAGGGGUCUUUAGAUCCACCAGGAUCAGGUCCAGAACUGUUGAAUCCAAAACUCUUUGUUCUUUUUAUUUAAUAAAACCUUCAAAAACAA